UAAACGGAAAGCGUAAAUAUGUGCGCUGGGUCGUUGGUUUUUCUGUCGCUUAUCUCGAUUGUUUCAUUCUUCCUUGUUGAGAUGCGCUUUACUUUUGAACCAUGCCUUUAGCGUCAUCUGCGAGCAGCGUGUGCAUCACGGGAACUAUAUGACGCAUGCGCGUCUCUCUCUCUCUCUCUCUUUCUUCUUCGUCGGUCGUUCGCGUGCAGCCGGUAUUAAUCAAUCACCUGUUUCGUCGCAAAUGUGUUUUUCGUGAAGGUUCGGCCAGUGCACGCAACACUUGACCGGCUUCCUCGCGUCAGUUUUGAUUCCGCUGCGAGCCGGACAAGCGAACGGAAGAAAACAACGCGCGAUCACGUCCAGCGGACAACGACGCGUCGUGUGUUACUCGUCCGGGAAAGCGAGACGAUCGCGAUGGUCAAGAUGACAGCGUUGCAUCUGUUUGUGGCCUGUUUGGCCGCUUCAACGUUCGUCCUGAACGAGGAGCUGUUGGAGCAGGAUUGCCCCGUAGAUUGCCACUGUCACUACUUUCGCAUCAACUGGGUAACGGACUGCUCGGAUAGCAACCUGACGACCAUCCCAUACAGCGAGCUCAGCCGGAAUGUCUAUAUUUUAGACAUGAAUGAUAAUAAUAUCGCAAACGUCGGCCCAUUUCCGAGCUCCAUCAAGCUGAGGCGCCUCCAGAUGGCACACAACCGAUUAACCGAGCUGUCAUACGAAUCCUUCGCCGGGUUAACGUAUCUCCUGGACGCGGAUUUCUCGCACAAUGCCAUCAGGCGACUCGAUCCCGAAGCCUUUCGGGACAGUCCGGGUCUGAUCACGUUGGAGCUGCAGCACAACCCUCUGGACGUGGUCGAUGGGCCGUUCCUGAACUGCCGCACGCUGCUCUACCUCGAUCUGAAUUCCUGCGGUAUCCGCCGGCUCGACACUCGUUUCUUCUACAACACGACGAAUCUGAACAAGCUCGACUUGUCGCAGAAUCCCCUGCAGCGAAUAGAGCCCGGCCCGUUCGACCAUCUGACCAACUUGGAAUACCUCAAGCUGAACGGAUGCAACUUAACAUACGUAUCCUCCGAGGCGUUUUCCCACUUGGAGAAUCUCCGCCAGCUGGAGAUAGCGGCAAACGCGCUGAAGACGUUGAACUGGCGGAGCGUCCUCGCGCCGUUGGUGCGCUUGGAGCAUCUUGACAUCCGCAACACCGGCAUCACGAAUCUGCCGGCUGACGCCUUCGCCAAGAACCUGUACCUGCGACAGUUGGUUCUAGCUGACAAUGAACUCUGGCACUUGGACGUCGAAGACACCCUCGGUCACAAUCUGCACAGCCUGCAGUCGCUGGACCUGUCGAACUGUAACCUGCAGGACCGCCUGUCCGAAGAGGCGUUCAGGAACGCGAGUAAACUGCGCGUGCUCAACCUGAGCGGCAAUCCGAUGUUCGCCAGCGACUUGACCGCUGUUCUCCGUCACUUACCGAAGCUUCACAAGCUCUCCCUCGGCAACUGCAGCCUGAGGAGGCUGCCGAAUGCCUUCGACAUACUGGAGCACCUCGAGGAACUCGACAUCUCCCACAAUCCGUUGUCCGACGCGUUCGUCAGCCUCCUGAAUCCGUUGAGGUCGCUGGAGUAUCUGGACAUGUCGUACUGCGGCCUCGGCUACGUCGGCAACAACACCUUCGCGCAGAUGACCUCGCUGAAGCAGCUGAUCCUCUCAGGGAACGGGCUUCACACGUUGGAGGGCGGCCUGUUCGCGAACCUGACGCGCCUGGAGAGCCUGGAACUGAACAACUGCGACCUGAAGGUACCGCUCGACCCGAAGGUCUUCGGCGACCGGCUCUCGACGAACAUAAUCGAGCUGAAGCUCAGCGGCAACCCGCUGACCGUGCCGGACGAGGGCUCGCUCCUACCGGCCCAGCUAUCCAACCUGGAGAUCCUCGAUCUCAGCAGCUGCGGCAUCUCGCACCUCAAUGUCAACAUAUUCGCCGCGACCAACAAUCUCACGCAGCUGAAUCUCUCCGGCAACGUCAUCUCAGGCGUGGAGAACCUCAGCUCGCUGGGGAGGUUGCGCGCGUUGGAGCACAUCGAUCUGAGCAACAACAACCUGAGCACGAUCAAUCCGAGGGUGUUCCGGUCGAACCCGCGUCUACGCUCGAUCAACCUCAUGGGCAACCCGUUCAUCUGCAACUGCUCGAUCACGGAGACGUGGGACUGGGCGGUGCAAGAGAAGGGCGACCUCCACGUGCUCGUCGGCAGUCAGCCGGCCAACUUCGAGACCGGCUCCGCGAAGCGGAGGAAGAAUCUCGCCUGCUCCUACGACGAGGAGACCUAUCGAAGCAUGGCGGACGGCAACCGGCCGGCCGCCGUUCGCAAGCAUUACCCCAGCCAAAUCACGCCCUCGCGCACCUGGGCCAAGUACGUCCGCGAGUCCAACUGCAGUCGACGUUCAUGAUACCCAUCGGCGAGACAUCAGCAUCCGAUAUUGAACGUCUACUGUCACGAAGUACGCAGGCAGGAAUUAUAAGCUAAGUCAACGAGUUAUUGUCAUUGAGUCGCGGCGCCGUGUCAUCGUGUGUCGCGCUCGCAGAUGCAGAUUCUGCGAUAUCGCGGGUCAAUCUCUAUUUCCGUGGCAUUACUUUCGUAGUUGUAAGACUCAAGACGUCAGAUCUGAUGUGUGUAGCUCGCUUUAUUAGAUGAUACGCAUUGAGGAGCAGUCACUAAGUCACAAAUACUCGGUUCUGUAUGUAUACAUAUACAUAUAUAUUAUACUGUCUUUUUUUGUACAUACCGUAAGGAUAAUUUUUACUCUAAACGUAUUGGUGUGCCCAAAACUCGAUGAUAUUGAACGAAUGUCACCCGAUAUGAAGCCAGACGAUCAAAUUCGCAGAAGCAGAUUUUGCACAAUAUUUGUCGAUAGCUUACUAGCAGAAUUACAAACGGGAUUUGUUAAUAGAGCACGAUAAUUGAUUAAUCUAUUAUCACAGAAUCUGCUUUUGCAGGGGUUUGGCCGACUGGCUGGCCUCAUGUCGGGCAACGUUCACUUAACGUACCUUCAAUGAAUGCCAAUAUAACCAAUAUUGGGCCAAUUUGUCGCCAAUGAAUUGCGCCACUAGGAUAAUCGCUCCGGUGCUCCUCAGUAAAUUUCCACUUGCGUUAAGUAAAUUUCACUCGGUUCAAGUAAACGUUUUACUUGAAUGUAGAUAAAAGUGCUACGUUCAAGUAACACUCAAUCCGAGUAAAAAUCUAGAAUCUAGAAGAAAUAUUGGAGUAAUUAUUAUUUGCUUGAAUCUUUGCACUUUUUUUCUGCAUAGGAUGCGAUCGGAGGGCGACAAAUUAGUAAACAAAGCGCGUCUCUCGCGUGCAAAGAUCAAUGCCACUCGGAUUUCGCGUGUAUCCGACGUCGUCCCGCGAUAUCUCGUGUUAUCGUUCCGAUAAUUGCGCGCCGAUUCAUUUCGUUUUAAUCACAAACUGUAAAAGACUGUGUUAAAUAAAGUCCCGUCGAUCUUUCUUGGUA